AUGCCUCCGUGCGGUUUGCAGGGAAAGAACUUCUGUAUUCUCACAAAUGACUAUCCCAUGAGUGAUGUCAAGACUGUGGUCGACAAGAGCUUCCAAAGAAUUCGUCUCAUGUAUGAAGAGCUGCAAACUGUUGGCGAUCCGGAACUCUUUCAAAGCCAUUUGGGUAAUAGCAGUGCCUCGAGAGGACAGUUCGCCUGUCAGACUGAAUCCAAUUUUAUGCGUCCCGGUUGGGCUCAGGACGCUUUGACUGGUGGGUGGAUGGUUAUUGUCAACACUGAUAUAUUCCCACAAAAAGUCCGUACCGAAAGUUGUCGUCGGGCUAACGAACCGUGCGAUUUUGUGGCGCCUUUUUACGAGUCGACGUGUCAGCAAAGGUUUAGUCUUCACCGACUCAUAGCCAUCGAUCCCAACGAUCAAAACCGAAGUCCAGUGGUAGCUCUGUUCAAGUUUCCCGCGGGGUGUUCCUGUCGGGUCGAUCCCAUCAGAAGAGAGUCAAAAAAGAAGAGAAAACGAGAAACUGUUUAUUAA